AUGUUGUUUCUGCAGGAUGUGGGAAAGGUUUCUCCUGUAUACAUCUUUGCAGCCUUUAUUCCCGCUGUUAUGAUCGCUGGGCUCUACUUUUUUGACCACAGCGUCGCUUCGCAGAUGGCACAACAAAAGGAGUUCAAUUUGAAGAAUCCUUCAGCUUACCAUUGCGACAUCUUGUUGCUUGGCUUCAUGACGCUACUUUGUGGACUACUGGGCCUGCCUCCAUCUAAUGGGGUCCUUCCUCAAUCGCCUAUGCACACAAAGAGCCUCGCAGUUCUCAAGGGGCAGCUGAUUCGGAGGAAAAUGGUAGAGAGUGCCAAGGAAAGCAUAAAGCAGAAAGCCAGCAACUCCGAAAUCUUUGGCCAAAUGCAAGCUGUGUUCAUUGAGAUGGACAUCAGUCCAGAAACUACUGCAGUUGUUAAAGAGCUUCAAGACUUAAAGGAGGCAGUGAUGAAAGGUGAAAACCAAGACGAGAAUGCAAAAGGCGCAUUCGAUCCAGAGAAGCACAUUGAUGAGUACCUUCCCGUCCGAGUUAACGAGCAGAGAGUAAGCAAUCUUCUACAGUCGCUUCUUGUUGCAGCAUCGGUAUGCGCCAUGCCUGCAAUAAAGAAGAUUCCCACAUCAGUUCUCUGGGGAUAUUUCGCCUAUAUGGCCAUCGACAGUCUCCCUGGAAACCAGUUUUGGGAAAGGAUGCUUCUCCUUUUCAUCACUCCCGGCCGCCGAUACAAGGUCUUGGAAGGGGUUCAUGCUUCGUUUGUGGAAUCAGUGCCAUUCAAAUACAUUGCAAUAUUUACCAUAUUCCAAUUUGUGUAUUUCCUGUUGUGCUUUGGAGUGACAUGGAUUCCUAUAGCUGGAAUAUUGUUUCCCUUGCCAUUCUUCCUUCUCAUCAGCAUACGACAACAUCUUCUUCCCAAGCUGUUUCGACCACACCAUCUGAGAGAAUUGGAUGCAGCUGAAUAUGAAGAAAUCACUGGCGCUCCAAGGCGCUCUCUCAGCCUCUCUUUCAGUGAAAGAGAAACGCCACGUGUUGGAAACGAUGAAGGCGGGGUUGAAAUUAUGUGUGAUGCUGAGAUAUUCCAUGAGUUAACAACUAGCAGAGGAGAAGUCAGAGUAAUUAGAACUGUUAGUUUCAGUGAAGACAGAUUUUGUCUGAUUCAUCCUGAUGGUGUUGCGGGAACAGAAUGA